AUGCACGCUGCCGCCGCACCCACUCAGCGUAAACCUUCUUCGCAGUCCCAACGUAAACCAUCUGGUCAAUCUGAUAGAUCCAGUCAUGGGCACUCUCUAAGGCAUUCAAUUCCUUCUGCGAAUUUAAGAGAAUCUGCGCGCGAGGACUCGACGCGUCGGGCCUCUAUGUCCACUUCCACCGCCUCGUCUCCCCCAAAAUGGUGGCGGAUUCGCCUCUUUCGUGGCAUGAUUCAGGAUGUUAAGCGAAGAGCACCAUACUAUUGGAGUGAUUGGACAGAUGCAUGGGACUAUCGCAUCGUACCUGCAACUGUUUAUAUGUAUUUUGCUAAUAUUCUACCCGCUCUGGCCUUCUCUUUGGAUAUGUUUGAAAAAACGAAUCAAAGUUACGGAGUCAAUGAAGUUUUGCUUGCAUCCGUUCUUGGGGCAAUUGUCUUCUCGCUGUUUGCCGCUCAGCCUUUGGUCAUUGUCGGUGUCACUGGUCCUAUAACCGUGUUCAAUUACACGGUCUAUGAUAUUAUUUCCCCCAGAGGUACUCCAUAUCUACCGUUCAUGUGCUGGAUUGGCAUCUGGUCUCUAAUUAUGCAUUGGUUGUUGGCUAUCACAAACUCCUGCAAUGCUUUGACGUAUGUCACUCGGUUCUCGUGUGAUAUCUUUGGAUUCUAUGUUGCUUGUAUUUAUCUUCAAAAGGGCAUUCAAGUCUUAACAAGGCAAUGGGGACAAGUUGGAGAGACUUCCGCUUACCUUGCAAUUAUGGUGGCUCUUCUUGUCCUGAUGAGCGCAUGGAUCUGCGGGGAGUUGGGCAACAGCAACCUCUUUAAAAGAUUUGUUCGCAAAUUCCUAGAGGACUACGGAACUCCUUUGACGAUUAUCUUCUUCACUGGUUUCGUCCACAUUGGUCAAAUGCGGGAUGUUGAUGUUUCCACCCUUCCCACGAGCAAAGCAUUCUUCCCUACCCUCGAUCGUCCGUGGCUGGUGCACUUUUGGAAUAUCGAUGUUGGCGACAUCUUCUUGGCCAUUCCCUUUGCACUUCUUCUGACGAUUCUUUUCUAUUUCGAUCACAAUGUCUCUUCUCUGAUUGCGCAAGGCACCGAGUUUCCUCUGAGGAAACCUGCUGGUUUUCACUGGGAUCUCUGGCUUCUCGGUCUUACAACCUUUAUUGGCGGUCUUCUCGGAAUUCCGUUCCCUAAUGGACUCAUCCCACAAGCCCCCUUCCACACUGCUGCGCUCUGCGUCACUCGACAGGUAGCGGAUGAGGAUGAAGCUAACAAGGGCAAGGCUAUACGGGUCACUGACCAUGUCGUGGAACAGAGAGUGAGCAAUUUCGCCCAAGGCCUACUGACUCUCGGUACGAUGACCGGUCCGCUCCUGAUUGUCCUGCAUUUGAUUCCACAGGGUGUCAUGGCAGGUCUGUUCUUUGUCAUGGGUGUCCAAGCUUUACAAGGCAACGGCAUUACCCAGAAACUUAUUUUCCUUGCUCAAGACAAGGCCUUCACUCCCGCGUCUAAUCCCCUGAAGCGAAUCGAGCGCCGUGCUGCUAUCUGGGCAUUUGUUAUCCUCGAAUUGGUUGGAUUUGGCGCUACCUUUGCCAUCACCCAAACCAUUGCAGCUAUUGGUUUCCCUGUUAUCAUUCUCAUUCUGGUCCCUGUGCGGACCUUCCUACUUCCACUUUGGUUUACUCGUGAGGAACUAGGCGCAUUGGAUGGACCUACUGCUAGCCCCUUCACCAUGGAGAGUGUUGGUGGCACUUACGGGCUUGACGAGGAUACUACCGAGGCAGUCGCAAGCGGAGCCCAAAAUUCGACUAGUGGUGGAAAUGAUAUUCUCGAAGGUCGACUUUCUUCCUCUUCAGAAUCUGCCGUCGAUGGUAAUGAUCUUGAGAGGGGCGAGGCAUACGAGAUGACAUCUCGGUCUUCCGUUCGCAGAAGAAGCACCACUAGCCGCAUCGGCUAG